GAAAGAAAGGGAGAAAGAGAGAGAGAGAGAGAGAGGAGUAGAGAGAGAAGCUGUUCCAGCUCUGAGUGAGGGCAGAGAGACACACAGGUGGACGUGAAGCACACCUGAGAGAGAUAGUCCUGUUUACACACACCUUCAUGUCUGCUCAGGUGAGAUCUAACUCACACCUGUUAACUCAGUAUAUGUGACGUCACGGAAUCAACGGGCUGCGUAAAACUUUAAUUUCUUUUUUUUCUUUCCAAGAAUCAGAAGAAGAUCUACUUCAACACUCCGUGAGAAGUGAUCCGGAUUCAGACGCUGGUACGGGUCUGGACCGUAACUCCCACUUAGGACCGAGUCAAUAAACUGAUCCUGGUCUGAGCUGACCCGGGUUUAAUCAUGUACCAGGGUCUGAGCCUGUCCUCCCCCCAGACCCCGUACCCCCACGACACCGGGACCUACCUCCACGCCGCGGCCAGCUCUCCGGUCUACGUCCCGACCAGCAGGGUCCCAUCCAUGCUGCCGCCCCUGCCCUACCUUCAGACCUGUGACCCCCAACACCAGACUCACGGCUGGCCUCAGGACGGCUCCGGGUUCAGCCCCAGCAGCCCCCCGCAUCCCCCGCACGGCUUCUCGUUCACGCACAGCCCGCCGCUCGGCAGCAGCUCGGGCCGGGACCCCGGCUACCAGAGCCCGCUGCUGCUGGGUAACGGAGGGAGGGGAGAUCAGUACGGAGGUGCCCUGGUCCGCUCUGUGGGGGGGUCUUACUCCGGCCCAUACGCAUACAUGAGCCCGGAGAUGGCCUCGUCCUCCUGGACUCCGGGACCGUUUGAGAGUGGAGUGAUCGGCCUGCAGGGCCGCGGAGGGAGCACCGCCAGGAGGCCCAGUCUGGAGCUCAUGGACGACAUGUCCACUGAGGGUCGGGAGUGUGUGAACUGCGGCUCGGUGUCCACGCCGCUGUGGCGCAGGGAUGGAACCGGACACUACCUGUGCAACGCGUGCGGCCUCUACCACAAGAUGAACGGAAUCAACAGACCGCUAAUCAAACCGCACAAACGACUGCAGACGACGUCUCGCCGGGCCGGUCUCUGCUGCACAAACUGUCACACCAGCACGACCACACUGUGGAGACGAAAUGCUGACGGAGAGCCCGUCUGCAACGCCUGUGGACUCUACAUGAAGCUGCACGGGGUACCCCGACCUCUGGCCAUGAAGAAAGAGAGCAUUCAGACCAGGAAGAGGAAACCAAAGACGCCCAAAAAUAAAACAGGCUCCACCCCCUCCGACAGCAGCUCUCCGUCCUCGCUCUCUGUCUCUGAACACGCCUCCACCAUCAAGAGUGAACCCAACAUGACCCCGUCCCCGUACACCAGACACACCAUCACAUCUGCCACUCAGCAGACGGCGUCUCAGCUGGACGGCCUGGCUUCAGGACACGUGGACAUUAAAUACGAGGACUUCGUCUUCACCCCGACCUCCAUGUCCGCACAGAACUGGUGCGCUCUGUCUCAGGCCUGAACUUCCUCCACCUGCAACACCUGAUGACAUCACAGCUGAUGACUUCACACAGGUGGAUGUGGCUCCAUGGGGGAGGACAGACAGAGCUCCACCCAGCUUUUUCCUAGCGCUGCAGGAGAGAGAGACCAAACCUGGCCAACAACAGGACUACACCAGGCCCAAAACAGGACCAGAACAGGUCAACAUCAGGACCAAACCAGGACCAAACAUGGUCAACAACAGGACUACACCCGACCAACAACUGAACCAAAGACAGGACUACACUAGGCCAAAAUCUGAACCAAAAACAAGACUACACCAGGCCAAGAUCUGAACCAAAAACAGGACUACACUAGGCCAAGAACUGAACCAAAAACAGGACUACACCAGGCCAAGAUCUGAACCAAAAACAGGACUACACCAGGCCAAGAUCUGAACCAAAAACAGGACUACACUAGGCCAAGAUCUGAACCAAAAACAAUACUACACCUGACCAGUAAGAACCAGGUUGGCAUGGACCAAAACAGGACCAAACUCAGCGUUAAACAGGACUACACCAGACCAAAAACAGGACUACACCAGACCAAAAACAGGACUACACCAGGCCAAAAACAGGACUACUCAAGACCAAAAACAGGACUACACCAGGCCAAAAACAGGACUACUCAAGACCAAAAACAGGACUACACCAGGCCAAAAACAGGACUACACCAGAACAAAAACAGGACUACUCAAGACCAAAAACAGGACUACACCAGGCCAAAAACAGGACUACACCAGACCAAAAACAGGACUACAACAGGCCAAAAACAGGACUACACCAGACCAAAAACAGGACUACUCAAGACCAAAAACAGGACCAUUCAGUCCAACAUCCAACAGCUCAAUAACCCAGGUCUAAAAAGGGACUAAACAGGGCCCAAACCAGGACUAAGCAAAGACUCAGACUGGACUAAAAGAAGGGCUAAAUCAGGUUUAAACAUGGACUGAAUCAGGAAGUAACCAGGACUGCUGAACUAACGUCCUGUUAGGUCCAAUGAGAGCUUCCUAUGAGGUAAAUACGUGUCACAGAGGAUGGCGUGGAGGUAAACACGGGGUUUAAUAACCUUUGAAAGCUCAUCAUCGUCUAAACGGGAUCUUCAUCUGAGAAUAGUUUGUGUGUUUUGUCGUCGGAGCAGAAACAGAAAAAAGACAGGAGAGGUUUUUUUAUGACAACGUGUAGAUGGUUAACUUUUAUAGGCUCAUUAUUUAUGUGGCGAUAAGGACAGGUGAAGCCUCUGCAGGUUGAUUCACUCACAUUAGGACUUAUUAGUUUUAACAGCAGACACACAAAACCCGUCUUUAGAACCAGGACCACACGUCAGGACUUCAUCACUUAUUAUGAGACGUGACGUGCAAUGACCUUGAAUGAAGAAAACAAAAAGAAGGAGAUAAACGUUUAAUCAUAUUUUAUUGUGAAAGUUUUUAAUUUUAUUGUGAAAAUGUUGUAAAGAAGUCCCCGACUGCUCUUUAGAAUCUGUUCUUGUAAAUAAACUGAUUCACAUUUUAUUCA